AUGGAUUGGAAGUUUCUCCAGGGUCUUCUCAGUGGAGUCAACAAGUACUCCACUGCCUUUGGACGCAUCUGGCUAUCAGUGGUUUUCGUCUUCAGGGUCUUGGUCUAUGUGGUGGCUGCCGAGCGUGUCUGGAGUGAUGAUCAGGGACAAUUUGAUUGCAACACCCGCCAACCAGGUUGCACCAACAUCUGCUACGAUUACUUCUUUCCUAUCUCCCACAUUCGCCUGUGGGCCCUUCAGCUCAUCUUCGUCACUUGCCCUUCUUUCAUGGUGGUGCUGCAUGUGGCCUACCGAGAAGAGCGGGAACGCAAGUACCGAGCAAAGCAUGGUGAGAACACUCGACUGUAUGACAACCCUGGCCAAAAACACGGUGGUCUGUGGUGGACUUAUCUGAUGAGCCUAUUCAUCAAGACCGCCUUCGAAGUCACAUUUCUCUACUUGCUCCAUUACAUCUACGACAGCUUCAAGCUCCCCAGGAAGGUCCAAUGUGAUAUCAAGCCCUGUCCCAAUUUAGUGGACUGCUACAUAGCCAGGCCCACUGAGAAGACCAUUUUCACCUACUUCAUGGUGGGGGCAUCCCUCCUGUGUGUGGUGCUCAAUAUCUGUGAGAUUUUCUAUCUGAUCGCUGCCCGGGUGCUCUUGUCUCUGUCUCAAAACAAAAGCCUUCUGAGCUCCUCAUCUCCCCAGUCAGCACAGAAGUCUUCCUCCCUCAGAGAGGCGGCCUCUUCGUCCGCCGCACAGAGAAAGGUCAAACAGAGAAAGGCCGGAAACGAGGGCUGGCAGCCAGCAAAGGGCACCAGAGCAACACCAACUGCUGGAGAGAGGUACGAUGGAAAGGUCCAGCUUCUGGGUUUAGCUGUUAGCAUUUGAGAUGCAGGAGCUUCUUGAAGAAUGAGAACAAGGUACUGUGAAGGUAUAUGCUUCUAGCUGUACCAUUUGGAUUUGAACAUCAUACUCACAACCCUCUUUUCUUAUCAGUGUUUCAAAAUUGUGGGCUCAGAGACUGGAGAUGUUUUAUUUAGCAUUGCAAUGGACCUGAGCUAAAACCUGAUGUAUACAGUUUCUAAAUCUUGGAGAUGGUUUGCAGUGUGCAGAACCCUAGUUACUGUAUGUGAGUGUGUCUGAUGUUGUAUUUUUAUACUAAUGAAGGCUAAAUGAGUCAAUGUGGCGCCACUCUUACAGGAGGAAUUUGUUCAGAGUUCAAGAGAUAGGUCAACAGUUUGGAGGCUUAUUCACAUUUUUUUUUAGAGAGUUAGAUCAGAAGCUUGAUUGAUCUUUUUACUCUUGACAAAUUUUUCAAACUGUCCAAUCAAGUCGUUAUUUUUGUGUUUCACAUGUAAUGGAGGCAUACAGUACAGUGAAGUAAUACAGUGUACAGAAAGUGUGUGGGUGUGCCUUCAACCCUCUACCUGUUUUUGUUGAGAGUGAAGUCGUUGGUGUUCAUUGCCUGUUUGAGUAAUUAAGAAUCAGGUGUGUGUGUGUGCAUUUUUUCUGCAGUUAGGUCAAGAGAAACUGGUUACAUGUGAAACUUGUUCGACAAGGUUUUUGUAUUUAUUAAGUAAAUAAAGUUUUUAUUCAUAAUUA